GGCACCGCGCUCGAAGGGAGACGCUCUAGGCAGGAGUUCUCGGCAGGCGGCGGCUGACGUUGGACAACAAAGAUGGCGGCGGGGAGCAGCAACUACUGGGAAGAUCUCAGGAAGCAGGCGAGGCAGUUGGAGAACGAGCUGGACCUGAAGCUGGUCUCCUUCAGCAAGCUCUGCACCAGCAGCCGGGACGGGCGGCGCGACAGGUAUAGCUCUGACACCACUCCUCUCUUAAAUGGGUCGAGUCAGGACAGAAUGUUUGAGACCAUGGCUGUGGAGAUUGAACAGCUUCUGGGAAAGCUUACUGGAAUAAAUGACAAAAUGGCAGAAUAUACAAACAGUGCAGGAGUCCCAUCCCUGAAUGCUGCACUGAUGCACACAUUACAGCGUCACAGAGACAUCCUGCAGGAUUAUACUCACGAAUUCCACAAAACCAAAGCGAACUUCUUGGCAAUAAGAGAAAGGGAGAAUCUGUUGGGAUCAGUACGAAAAGAUAUUGAGUCAUAUAAAAGUGGGUCUGGCGUGAAUAACAGAAGAACAGAACUAUUCCUGAAGGAACACGAGCACCUUCGGAACUCAGAUCGGCUGAUAGAAGAAACAAUAAGCAUUGCCAUGGCAACGAAAGAAAAUAUGACUUCGCAGAGAGGGAUGUUGAAGUCAAUACACAGCAAGAUGAAUACCUUGGCUAAUCGAUUCCCAGCAGUGAACAGCCUGAUCCAGAGGAUCAACCUUCGGAAACGACGGGAUUCAUUCAUUUUGGGCAGCAUCAUUGGCAUCUGUACCAUCCUACUGCUGCUCUUUGCCUUCCAUUGAUGGAUGUUCCCCCGUGGACUCUACUAAACUCAUCACCACCAUCCCUCCCCCCAGCCAAGGAAAAGUGAGCAGGGGAAGAGAUGGACUUCCAUCAGCCUGCUCCCCCUGGCUGGGACCGUCAGCAUGAUGUCUGGAGUUGAUGAUGAUAGACUACAACACUGGUUUGGGGUUGAAGCUGCAGUGUUUCUCCUUCCCUGCCAUACAUUUCCUCUGGUUAAAUUUGAUGGGGUUUUUUUUGUUGUUCUUUUUUUUUUUUUUUUUAAAUUUUUUCCUCCUUUAGUCCCUUUCUCAUUGCAAGGUAAGUAAAUCCAGCCACUUAACAACACCAGUAGAACAGCUCCUGUGCUCAGUGGUGCUGGGGAGGUGCUGGCCAGCAGGUGGGAACUGCAGGAAACCUGCUUUGCCUGCAGGCACUUCUUGGCACUGUUGUCCUACAAGAAGAAUAUUGCAGCUUUAAGCCAUCAGGUUGCUUUACUACUAGAUACAUGUUCUGUAAUUCUUUUUAACUCAUGGUUGAGGUAAUAGUUAUUUCUUCAUCGUUUGUGCUGUGAAAACUGUUCUUCCCACAAAUUCCUCAAAGAAGGCAAGGAUUGCUCCAUUCACUUUUUGCACAGAAAAUGAAUAAACUGCCCUCUGAGGAACGGUGACAAGGUUUCUUGUGGCUUUAAAGGGACUUGACAGGUCCUCAUCUGUAAAAAGGGAGCACAGUGCCCUCGCAGCAGCUCCUUACCAUAGUGUUUAGUCAUCUGAAAAGUGACCAAACAUGAGUUCACCUAAGAACAGUCUUUGGGUGUCAGUACUUGGAUUUUGGCUGACGUCGUAGAGGUCUUUAUAAAGACAACGACUGAAAAGUCUGUAUUGUAAUUUACAUAAAGUUAUUCUAAUAGCAUUAAUAUUUUUACACUGUAAGUAAGAUAUCUACACUGUCAAUUGGAAGUGAAAAUUACGAUGGUUCUACCUGAGGCAAAUGCAUCUGAGUGCAAAAGUUUUGGACACACCUCCUCCUGGUGAAGAGUUGAAUGUAAAAUAACAAACCAAGUUUUAUUUACUGUUAUCUGGGGGAGUUCUUCUUGUCCAGGCACACAAACCCUGAUGUGUUUGCAUUGGUAACUGAUGGCAGGAAGGGCUUUGAUAUUGCAGAACCACAAACAAUGGAUUUUUCUUUCUGCUCUUUCAACUGCUUUUUCUCCAUCUGUUGUAUGAUAACCCAGUGAAUCCCAACUGAAGCACUGGAAUGUCUUAGGAGCUUAAUCAGCUCUUUGACAGUGUUCCUAAGAGAUUCCAUGGAUGCCAUUGCCACGGAUGUCAGGUAGCUUCCAGGUCAUCUUCUGGAACAAAGCCUAGUGGCACAGUUGCAGUGUUGUACUGCUUUUCUUGUGUCUGGAGGGGUUGGGGUUUGUGCCUGUGUGGUGUGCAGCCCACACUGCUGCCUCUGAAACGUUUGUAUGGGCUGGAAGGCUUAUUUGCAGAAUAAUGACUUUGUGCUAAAAGGUCUACAAAGACUUCUAAUCGGUCGGCGGGGUUAGAAAGCAUUUGGAAUUAAUACAUGUAAAUAAAGGUGAUUAUUUGGUUGAUCUGGGAAUAUUCCUGGUUUGAUAUAAAGCGUUUAUUAAAGGGGUUUAUGAAAAACCUUGAUGGAUAAAGGGAGUUUAUUAAUGGAGCUGUGUGCUGGGAGAUCAGCCCUUAUCUCCCCCAUCCCACCCUGUGCAGGAUCCCAACUGGCAGUCGUGCAUCUGCUUCAGAUCUGUAGGAUUUGGCUGCUCUAUAGAGGGCACUCUGAGAUCUGCAGCACCAUAAAUAAAUUCAUUUCCUUAAUCUGGUAACCCGUCUUUUUACUGGACUUAAUUGAUGAUUUGGUGCAUAUACUUAAUCUUAUUGUGUGAAAAAGCUGCUAUGGAAAGUAUGUAAUUAUAAUAAAUAUGUAAACAGGAUUGAUUUUUUUUCAUGUUAUGAAGAUGUUUCGAAGGAACUGAUUUAUUUUAGUACAAGAUAAAUAUGCUGAAUUAUCUCUGAUAAAGCUUGACUGGAAAUGCUAGCUAUGGUCCUUCCAUGCAGUUCUUCUUAAUCUUUAGGAAAAUGUGGUGUUAAACAGUUUUUAUUUCUGGAAUUCCCAGCAGAGUUGCAAUGUAGUAACUCAACCAGGUCCUGCUGGCAACUUCUCAUCCCUCAGACAGACCCUGGUGUUUGUGUCCCUGCCAUUUCUGCCUGUCUGAUCCUCCUGCUCCGUUUGCUGGAGCCCACGGGCAGCACUGGGUGUGUGUUUGGUCAGCACUGAGCAUUGGCAGAACCAAGGAUGUGGGGGUUUCUGCUGCUCUGGGAAGACACAGUGGGUGUUUGUGGUCAGUACUGAGCUCAUGAGCUUUGGGUAUCCGCAUGCUGCAAGCUCCUGCUGGGUUCGUUAACUGAUCAAGCAGAACCUUAUGUAGUUCUAGAAGUCCUGUCUUUUGAAGGUCUUAAGGUUGCUGUGAGAAGAACCAGUUCCUCACUGGGUGCUGAAAAUAAAAGAGCAGAAGUAACGUGUUUGUAGGUGAUGUAAAAGUUCCAGGUCUGUGCUGACCCCUCCAGGAGCCACGUUCCCAAAACUGCUCCACCAUUCCCAGUUGGGGAACUCCCAUUUGGUUGGGUUUGUUGGGCCUCCCCAAACCCAGCAGCUUGUUUGCCAACAUCAUUCCAUGCAUAACUUUUUCUUAUGUUUUUUUUUUUUUCCCAAAAACCUUUCAUGUGAAGCAGACAGGAGGGGUGACAGGAAGAAAUAAUUCUGAAACUCCUUCUAACAGUGCUGGAUUAUGGCAGCCCUCAGAACGGCAGUGCACAGCCAAGGAGAGCACAAUGGGACAGAACUGAACCCUUUUCUGGGUGACAUCAGAAAUCCUCCUGGGAUCUGUGUGCUGGCUGCACGAACCCAGCGCUGUGCUCAGCUCUGAACAAAGCAGUGGUUUGUCCUCUGUGUGCUGCAGAGUGAGGAAAGUGGUUUAAAUCAACAUUCCCUCAAAACGAAACCACCAUCACCAAAAAAGUCAUCACCAACAAAACCUUUCUGACAAAACAUCCCAGUCCGGACUUCUGUAAGUUAAUUUCUGAUUGUAGUUUCUGAUUGCACUUUCUGAUUCUUUUUUGCUUUUCACAGAGCUGCUUGAAACUUACUGUAUCUGUAAUUACUUUUCACCUAUUGUGCAUUCUCUGGAUGUAAUUACGAAGCUUUGAUAUGUAAUUUAAUAAUAAAUGAGAACUCUAA